AUGGUGCCGGCGCCACUGUCACAACGUAAUGCUGAAUGGCCACAAACAGAUGACUACAGAAAGAAGACGCACAUAGAGACAACAUAUAUUUGUGGCUUGGAUGAGCAGAGCUGUGAAACCAUGAUGAAUGGGUCCUACUCUAUGGAAGUAACACCAGAGGGGACAGAGAGCAGGUCUAAGGAAUCUUUUAAGUUUGUGUCGGAGAAGAGCGUGGUGAAGAGGUUUGGACCAGGACCCUCUGACCAACCGCAACCCUCCUGCUGCCUGAGCGUUAGCCACGUCUCCUACAGCGUCAGUGAGCGCGUGGGGCAUUGGUGGGACCUCGCCACCUUCAAAAAGAAAUGGACCAGACAGAUUCUCAAUGGCGUCUCCUUCCAUGUGAACAGUGGGCAGAUCAUGGGAAUACUGGGGAACUCAGGCUCAGGGAAGACCACUCUCCUGGAUGCUAUCUCUGGGAGGAUUGGGAACUCAGGGAUUCUUCUGGGAGAUGUGUCUGUCAACGGGAGGAAGCUGAAAAGAGAGCAGUACCAGGAUUGUUUCUCCUAUGUGCUACAGAGUGACAACCUGCUGAGUUACCUGACAGUGGAGGAGACUCUGACAUACACAGCCCAGUUGGCCCUGAGACGAGACUCAGCAGACGUCAUCCACAAGAAGGUGUUGGCGGUGAUGGCGGAGCUGAGUCUAGGUCAAGUGGCCCACAGUGUGAUCGGAGGACGCAUCUUCCCAGGGAUCUCUGGGGGAGAGAGGAGGAGAGUGUCCAUUGCCAUGCAGUUGCUUCAGGACCCUAAGGUCAUCCUUCUGGACGAGCCAACCACGGGCCUUGACAGCAUGACGGCCAAUCAGAUUGUUGUUUUACUGGCUGAGCUGGCCAGAAGGGACCGCAUUGUCAUAGUGACCAUCCACCAGCCACGCUCUGAACUCUUCAGGGUCUUCAGUAGAAUAGCCAUAAUGAGUAAAGGCGAGCUGGUGUUCUGUGGCCAGCCUGGAGAGAUGGUGGACUUUUUCAGCGCAUGUGGCUACAACUGUCCAGAAUACUGCAACCCCUUUGAUAUCUAUGUGGAUCUAACGUCAGUGGACACGCGCUGCAGUGAGAGAGAGGCCACCACCUACAGCCGCAUGCACAAGAUCACCUCGUCCUAUCAGGACUCAGAGAUCAAUCAGAGCAUGCUGAGACAGAUUGAGCAGAGUUUCCAGCGAACAGACAAACCCAGCAUCCCCUUCAAGAGCAAAGAGUCACCCAGCGGCCUGGCCAAGCUGGCUGUGCUUCUCAGGAGGACUGUGAGGAACCUGUCUCGAGACAGGAUGGGUGUCCUGAUGCGUCUGUCACAGAACCUCAUCUAUGGCCUGUUUGUGGCCUUCUUUGUCAUGAGGCUGGAUGAUGACAUCACCAAGGGAGCGGUACAGGACCGGAUUGGCAUCAUCUACCAAGCAAUGGGGGCGUCGCCUUACACUGGCAUGCUGAACGCUGUGGCUCUGUUUCCUGCUCUGAGGGCCAUGGCUGACCAGGAGAGUAAGGAUGGCCUGUACCAAAAGUGGCAGAUGUUCUUGGCCUACAUCUUCCACAUCCUCCCCUUCAGCAUCAUCAGCGUGUUCAUCUUUUCCUCCUUCCUGUACUGGACGGUGGGGAUGAACCCAGAAAUGUGGAGGUUCCUGUGUUUCUCGGCGGUGAUCCUGGUGCCCCAUCUGGUAGGUGAGCUGCUGACCCUGGUGCUGAUGGGAGUGGUGCAGGACCCCAACAUGGUCAACACAGGAGUGGCGCUGCUCAACGUAGCUGGAAUCAUGGUGGGCUCCGGAUUCCUCAGGAGUUACCAGCAGAUGCCUGUGGUGUUCCAGUGGCUCAGCUACCUAACCUUUCAGAAGUACGGAUGUGAGCUGCUCAUCGUCACAGAGUUCCAUGGCCUCAACUUCACAUGCAAUACAGGCAGUAUACCUUUGCCAGGCGCCUGUCUGAUGACAGAUGGAGAUGACAUCAUAGACCAGGGUUACCCAGGAGCCCUGGACCGCUACACUCUGGACUUCCUCCUGCUCUACUCCUUCCUGCCUGCCCUGGUGCUGCUGGGAGUCAUCAGCUACAAGAUCAGAGACUGCCUCGUCCAACACUGAAACAGACACCAACAUGGAGACAGAAAGGGGUGUGGGAGUGUAGUUUGGUCUAGUGGUACUGUAAGCAAAACCUGCACAAUAUACCACAUACACUCAGCGGCCAGUUUAUUAGGUACACCACCACGUUCACGAAAAUGGUUCGCUCUUACAGAGAGUGAGUCACGUAGCUUGCUAUAUAAAGCAGGUAGACAGGCCAAUGAAGGUACAUUCCCCAAUAGCAGGGAUUCAAACCCUUGGUCCACCACUUUCUAUGUAGUUCAUCCCCUUCCAUCUGUCUUCAAACUGUCUAAUUGAAAGUAAGAAACACAAAUAAGGAAUGGAGUUAUAUUCCCUGCCCAUUUGGGGCAUUUCUGCUGUUAUUGAAUACUGGACUUCUGUGGUAAAGUCUGUCCUGUAAAGACAGCCAUGGACGUGGUUCUUGAGUUGGACUAUCACAUUUACUAGGAGUGUCAUGAGCAAAGAAAGUGAUUGGUGUGAUGUCGGUAUGGCAACAAAUCUAGUGAAUGAUUCUCUGACACACUGAAAAUAAGUAAUACUACUGUAAUACUGUUUUUACUUUAGAAAUAAGGUAUAUUGUUGGAUAUCUGUGUUUUCUACACUUGCAGAAAGUGACAUGCCAGUAUGAUGGGAUGUGUUGGAUCUCCAUAUUGUUGUAAAAAUGCCAAGUAAAUGUAUUUUUCUAAAUAAAUGUUUCUAAUGAACAUACUUACUUUUACACCUGCAUUGUUUGCUGUUUGGGGUUUUAGGCUGGGUUUCUGUACAGCACUUUGAGAUAUCAGCUGAUGUACGAAGGGCUAUAUAAAUAAAUUUGAUUUGAUUUGAA